UGCAGAACCACACAGGCUUCUUAGUGCCAUCACUUGCCCUCCAUCGACUCUCUCUCGACAUUUUCUUCUCCCUCAAAGUUCUACAGGUACUACAAUGGAAAUGAAUGAAGAUAUUAUCAUUGUGGGUGCUGGAAUAGGGGGCCUGACCACAUGUUUAGGACUUCACAGGUUGGGGUUGCGGAGCUUGGUUUUGGAAUCAUCAGACAGCUUGAGAGUUACAGGAUUUGCACUCACAACAUGGAAGAAUGCUUGGAGGGCAUUGGAUGCUGUAGGCGUCGGUGAUUCCAUCAGACAACAGCAUAUGCAAAUUCAGGGGCUCCAGGUUUUUUCUACAAUUUCUGGACAGCCUACUUCAGAGAUCUCAUUCGGAGGCAAAUGGGGAAUCCAUGAAAUUCGCUGUGUAAGAAGGAAGGUGCUACUUGAAACCCUCGAGAGGGAGUUGCCUCGUGGCAGUAUCAGGUAUUCCUCCAAGGUGGUUUCCAUCCAGGAAUCAGGACACUACAAAACCGUGCACCUUGCAGAUGGCUCCGUCCUGAAAACUAAGGUGUUAAUCGGCUGCGAUGGAGUUAAUUCACUUGUAGCGAAUUGGCUGGGUCUUGACAAACCGGUUGAUUCCGGGCGUUCAGCCGUUAGAGGCCUUGUGGAGUUCCCAGAUGGUCAUGGAUUGGAGCCCAAAUUCCGUCAACACUUUGGAAAUGGCGUUCGCCAUGGGGUUAUACCGUGUGGCCCCACUACCUUGUAUUGGUUUCUCACUUUUGCUCCAUCUGUCCACGGCGUAGACACUGAGGAAAUGGAUCAGAACCCAGCUAAGAUGAAGGAUUUUGUAUUAAGUAAGCUUGGGAAAGUGCCCCAACAUAUAGAAAAUGUGUUUGAGAAAACUGCAUUGGACUGUAUGUCCUGCUCUCCAUUAAAGUUUAGGCUACCAUGGAAAGUAGCAACAGGCCAUAUCUACAAGGGCAAUGUUUGUGUAGCAGGCGACGCGCUUCAUCCGAUGACACCUGAUAUCGGACAAGGGGGAUGCUCUGCGAUGGAAGAUGGCGUUGUUCUGGCGAGGUGCCUUGGAGAAGUCUUACUGAGAAAACCCACCAGGGAAGAUGGAGAAGGAAAAGAUGAGGAAUGUUACAAGAGGAUCAGCGAGGGAUUGGAGAAGUAUGCAAAAGAGAGGAGAUGGAGAAGUUUCAAGCUGAUCACUACUGCAUAUGUGGUGGGUCUCAUACAGGAGAGUGACUGGAAAGUGGUGAGAUUCUUGAGAGAAAAGUUUCUGUCGGGAUUCUUGGCUAACCUCUUCUUGAGGAUGGGUGAUUUUGAUUGCGGGCAACUCAGCAUUUCUUAAUGUUUGCUUUGGUGUACUGUAUAAAAACUAGUCAGCUAUUCAUCCAUGUUGGUCCAAUCAGCAAUAAAAGAUUACAGAAACCAUAUAGGCAUAUGUACGUGGAAAUGGGAAAUGGGAAUGAAUGUUUUGUUUCCAUUCCCAUUCCUCCUUAAAUAAGAAUGGAUUGGAAGGAAUAAGAAUGGAUUUUGAGGAUUCCAAAUCUUCAUUGAAUAAGAAUGAAUUUAAUUUUCCAA